AUGGAAAAAAAUCACAAAAUACUGAAAUAUGCUAAUCCUUUUGCCAUAAGCAAGGAAUUAAAAUCGUAUAUGCUAAAAGUGAUGAAUGAAUAUAAAAAACAUUUCGAAAAAUCGUCAAUAAAAAAUUGUAAUUUAGACGAUAAUAUAAAUGUAAUUAGAGAUUUGAUAUUAGAUGAACAAAAUAAUUAUAAUGAAGAUAUAUUUUUGAAAAUUCAAAAAAGUUUUCAUUUAUAUGAUUUCUUCAAUUUAUCCUUGUUAUUUCCAAUAAAAGUUUUAAAAAAAAAUGACAAGACGUUAAUUGAGCUCAUAUCGGAAGAUACCAAUUUGAGUGAUCUGGAAUUAAUUCAAGCUGUUCUUAAAAAUAUAGAAAAUAACAAUAUAGAUAAAUUAAACUUUUUUUACGUCGAGAAUAUAAUUUUUGAAUUAUUAGAUGAAAUAAUACGACAGAUAAUUAUUGAAUAUCCAAAGCGAGGAUUUGCCUUAAUAUUAAUAAACAAUGAACUACAAAAGAAUAUUACUUAUUAUAAAAAUUUGAUAGAUAUUAUUGAGCACAAUAAUGAAAUGAACACACAAGCAUUCAAAGAAAUGAAUGAAAAGAAUAAUUUAAUUCUCCAAGAUUUGUCAGUUGAAGAAAAUAAACUGAAGGAGAAAUUAAUAGACGUACAAACUAGAUUAGAAUUAUUAAAAGAAGAAAAUAAAAAAAAGCUUCAAGAAAAUAAAAAUAAGAAGGAAAUACAAUAUGAUUUAUUAAAGCAUAAUGAAUCGUUACUAGAAAAAAUUAAAGAAAUUUAUGAUAAGAAAGGAGAAAUAUAA